UUCACGCGCGUUGGUGUUUGUUAUGAUUGGACAUGCGGUCAGUGGCGCCCAGUGACGUAAACAACAUCCUCUUGGGUUGAAGCGAAGCCUACCUUUUCCGCCUUAAUGAGUAGUUCCGACCGUUGACUGAUUCACAGAUGUAUCCACAUGUAACGUGACUGCAACUUUGAUAAUGUGGAUGCAGGAGGAGGUGCGCCGUCCUCACUCAGGUCCUCAGCGGGCCUUCAGCGUGCUGGACCGGCUGCUCCUCACGCACCCCGUCUGGCUGCAGCUGUCGCUCAACCGAGACUCCGCCCUCUACAUCCUGCUGAGAGAGCCAGUCGGGACGUUCCUGGUGCGCAAGUGCGGCUUCAGCCACAGGAAGCUCCUGUGUCUCCGGGCAACCAAGGAGCGAAGCCCCGCCUCCAUCCGAGAGCUCUUCAUCUGUGAGGAAGACUCCACUUUCUCCUUGGAGAGCUCUGCACUCAGCUUCCCUGACCUCUGCAGACUGGUGGCCUUCUACUGCAUCAGCCGGGAUGUGUUGCCUUUCCCACUGCAGCUGCCCGAGGUCAUCGCUCGAGCGACCUCACACAGGCAGCUGGAAGCCAUCUCCCACAUGGGACAAGAGUUCUGGAACGCAUCGAGCCCCACCGAGAAUGGAUCCGUGGACCAGUCGGAGGAGUUCGGUCCCAAGGGCCAGCUUGUACCAGCUGUUGCGCCGGCGCUGGACCUGUUGGGGGGCCCACUGAAACAGGGGAAGCUUUGCUUCAUCAACCCCCUCUUCCUGCAGCUGGAGCUCCCCCAGAGCCAGCAGGCCCUCCAGACCCUUCAGGCCCUUCAGACCCAGCAGCAGCAGUCCAGCCACGGCGGCGCCUCCACCAAGCGGCUCCGCUUCAAGCGCAGCAUGCGGGUGCGUCUCUCCACCGACGGCUCCAUGCACCUCUCCAUGGAGGGCGGGGGCUCCUCCGCCUCCUCCUCCCCCUCCCGCACCCCGGAACGACCGGGGCCCCCCGAGGAGAGGCUCCCCCAGAGGAAGGUGCACGCCGGGGCCGGGCCCCUGAGGAGGAGCCCCGCGGUGUCCCCCGCCUCGCUGGAGGACGAGGAGCUGCCGCCGGCCCGGGCCCCGCAGGCGGCCGGGGAGCCCGUCCCCCCUCAGCAGGAGCCCAGCGUGGAGGCGGCGGUGCUGGGUCUGGACGCCGUGCCCACCCCCUCCCUGGCGGAGCUGGACAGCAGCAGCUCCUUCAGCAGUCUGGACGAGGAGCCCGACCAGGACGCCUCCCCGCCCGCUGACGACGCCUCCGCCUCCCUCGAGGGCUUCCUCCUUCCCCCCUCCGCCUCCACCUCCUCCUCCCCCUCCCUGCUCCAGGCGGCGGCCCCCCACCGCCCGCCCCUCAUGCGCUCCGGUUGCCGCGGCGGCCUGCAGCGCAUGAGCGCCGCCUUUGUGUGUUUCUUCGCCCCGGAGAAGCGGGUGACCCGGCUGGUGGAGGAGCUGUCCCGGGACCGCCGCUCCGCCUUCGGCGCGAUGGUCCAGGACUUCCUGCAGACGCAGAGGGAGGAGCUGAGGCGCCUGGCGUCGCCGUCCUCCUCCGCGGGGGCGGCGGGGGGCUCCGUGGAGGUGCUGCAGGGCCUGAGGCUCUUCCUGACCCAGGCCAAGAGCUGCCUGCUGGAUAGCGGGGAGCUGGAGCCGCCCAUCCAGACCCUGGUGCCGGAGAGCGAGCAAGACCUGGCCAUGGAGCGCGCCAUGUUCAGCUCCGUGCUGCGGCCCCUGAAGAAGCUCCUGGACAACACCCUGGUGGCCCUGCACCGCCUGGACGGCUCCUCGCAGCGCCUGGCCCAGGACCUGCUCCGCGUCAAGGGGGGCGGCCUGGAGCGGCUGGGGAUCCGGGCCCCCUCGGGGGCCGCCUACGACCGGGAGGUGGAGCGGGUGAGGCAGAAGCUGGGCAUGAUGCAGAGGUCUCACUCGCCCAUCGACAAGGUGCUGCUGCUGCUGCAGGCCUGCAAGUGCGUCCACAAGGCCAUGGGGUCCCUGCACCGACAGGAAGUGAGCUGGGAGGACUUCCUGCCGUCGCUCACCCACGUGAUUGUGGAGUGUAACAGGCCCCAUAUCCUCCUGGAGGUGGAGUACAUGAUGGAGCUGCUGGAGCCGUCCUGGCUCUGUGGAGAGGGGGGUUACUACCUGAGCAGCGUGUACGCCAGCCUCUGUCUGAUCCAGAGCCUGGAGGCCAAGGCGCCGCGUCCCCCGGGCUGCCUGACACGGGAGGCCCAGGAGGAGCUCAGGGAGUGGGGCCGCAGGCGGGGACGGGAGGCCCAGAUACACCGGGAGAGCCAGAGGAUCCAGAGGUGCGUGCGGAUCCUGUUCCAGGACGGCGAGCAGAGCGCCGUGCGCACCCUGCAGUGGCAGGCGGGCGACUCGGCGCCGGCCCUGGCCCAGCUGUGCGCCGACGCCUUUGGCGUGCCGGACGCCGGCCGCUACGCCCUGUACUGGCGCAGCGGCGGCGAGAUGCGGCCGCUGCCCCCCCACGCGCGGCCCCAGGACCUGGCGGGGCACAGCGAGGGGGGGCCCUCGCUGUCCUACCUGCGCACCGACCACGACUUCAGCAAGAUGCGGCGGCUGACCCGCGGCGGGGCGGUGGACCUCAGCGAGUCGGUGUGCGAGGAGUGAGUGAGGGGGCGGCGGCCGGGGGGCUGUGGUGGUGGUGGUGGUGGUGGUGGGUGAAAGGCGCUGGUGGUGGUGGUGGCGGUGGACGGAGUGUCCGUCUCCCGCUCUGAUUCUCCCUCUUCCUUACGUCUUGCGUCUGGCCCUCGGGCCUCUCUCUCUCUCUCUCUCGCGCCUCGUUCGUCCUCGAGGUCAUCGGAGGGUCGGUCUCAUCAUGAAGUCAACGGGUCGGAUGGUUUUUGUCUUCCUCGUGUCUCGUCGCGAGGUCGUUGGGGUCCAGGGAAAAAACAAAACAAACCCCCCGAACACAUUCGCUCUUUUAAAGAACUGGAGGGAGGACCUUUGACCUACCCCCGCCCCGUCUCCCCUCUCCCCCCACCCACACCAGACACGGGCCCCCGAACACAGUCCGAGGAACCCCUGCUUGGAGGGCGGCCGACCUCCCCUACGUCCCUCCUACGUCCCAUAACCCAACGCAAAAGAAACCUUUGGUGUGUGUGUUCUUGCUCUUUUUUUCCUCCAUCACAUGGAUCCUAUACUCUUACAUGUUGAAGUGAGUUAAAUACCCUUCUACGAGAAGUAAACCCCGAGAUCUGUUUCUGAAAGGAUAUUCUGAGCAUCAUUAGAGAGCGAGCGAGCGUGAGGAGAGAGGAGGCGGUCUGGAGCCCAAAGAGAGUUUCCAAGAUAGACCAGUUGCUUGGAAACACAACUCAAGCCUGUUCCUCGUGUAUGUGUGUGUGUGUGUGUGUGUGUGUGUGAGUGUGUGUGUGUGUGUGUGUGUGUGUGUGUGUGUGUGUGUGUGUGUGUGUGUGUGUGUGUGUGUGUGUGUGUGUGUGUGUGUGUGUGUGUGUGUGUGUGUGUGUGUGUGUGUGCGAGAGAGAGCUCCGUUCGACCACCUCGGCGAGGCUCCCACCUUUCACAAUAUAACUCUGGGCCGGGGGGGGGUUAUGAUUUGUCUUGUGUAUACACAGCAUUGUGUUGGGUCUUAACCCGGGUUGUGUUACGCAGGUUCGUGGGAUGUGAACCGAUGUCGUGGGCUUAACUUCACGUUGAACAACGUGCUUUCUGAAAUGUUAUGUUUUUUUUUAAACACACUGCCUAACAACACUAGAUGAUCAUCCCACAGUAGUCAAACACAGUCAGACGGACAGCUGGUGAGGAGCAUAAAAUAACAGAAGUAAACUUAUCGAGAGCAUAGUGAGAGAGAGCUGGAAAGCGAGCCAACGGGAAGCAAGUGCGUUCAAACUAUUAAUACGUUGACUAUUAAUAAGCUGAGGGCUGCGUGCCAGUAGGAGCCAGCCUCACCAACCAUGGUCCUGGAAGGAGGAGGAACACUGAGUGAGAAGUCAGCCUUUCCACCGCACAUCAGGGGAUGCUUUAGUUCAAUCAACCCCCCCCCCACACGCCCAGACCCCCCUGAUGGAAAGGGUCGGAGCGGUAAUCCCACGGGAUCAGGCUGGGAUGGGGAAAGUUCCCGGGGAUAAUUACAGUGGGAUUCAGCCUCCCCCCCCCCUCCUCCCCAGCCCCAAUGCUGUUGUUUCUCUCCCUGAGUUUGACCUUCUUCUGAAUGGCGACCCACUUGUGCAGUUUUUGUUUUUUUCCGUAGUGUUAAAUAAUCUUGUUAUGACAAGAGUACCAAGAAGGACCAUGUCUUAAUCACUUAUUGAUAUUAAUAAUGCUAACAGUAACGACUACACACCGGGUCUGUGUCUUACCUCAUGGUGAUUGGUUGAAUGUAAAUGUCGACGCUGCCAGCUCAUUGGUUGGCCCUCCGCCGCGAGUCAUCCUUUCCCACGGACUUUGACGUCAUCGCUCACGAACACGAUGCAUAUCAGAAGUAAUCAAAUAUAUUAAAAAUAACGGGACGGCUAUCACGUCCGGUAUGGAAUAUAGGUCAUUCGAAAAAGAUUUAUGUGCAGGGGUACUUUAUGAAAGCGAUAAUGUGGUUUAAAUAUAAGUGCAUGCUUUUUUUAUUUGUACAUGUGAAGUUUCUGCGAAUGUAGACUGUGUGCGCGGGUCUCUGUGUGUGUAUGUGUGUGCGUAUGAGUGCGAUGCAUGUGUUGAUUGUAUGCCAACAUUAAGAUGCCCACUAUUUAUUUUUAAUGGGGAAAAAAACACAUCAAUGUAUUAUCGUCAUGUAAUAUCAAUAUCACAAUAAAACAGCAAUAUCUGUUCAUAACGUUGUUUCAUCACGUUUUCUGUCCCGGUCUGAUGACAUCAUAUGCACUCCUCGACAUGGUAAUGAAACAUCGAGUCAGUCCGUUAUCAAAAGGCCUUAAAGCUUUUCUCUGAGUGGCCGGAGGAUUCCAUUUGAGAGUCCGUUUUGCUCUCAAUCCUAGCACUGUGGAAUAACGUUGCGGUGUGUGAGACACAAUGCAACAUGUGUGUAUGCGUUGCUAUAUCAAGCUUUGUUUUUACGCACAAUAUAACAACUCAAUACUGUGUGUCCUGGGCUGCUCACUCUUAGCACGAUUUAGAUAUAACAGAUUUUAUUUUCAAUAGCCUAUUGAAAUAAUAGGACGUUAAUACAAUUACACAAAAAAA